GUUUUGCGGGUCGCGCGGCGGUGACGCGCGGCGGCGGGAGUUGCGGAGGCGCGCUCCUUUCUGCGUCUGGCCCGACCCCGCGGACCCUCCCGGGCCCCGCGCCCCCUCCGCGGGCGGCGCCUCUCCCGGCCGCCCUUCUCGGGCCCCGAGGGAGCGUGCGGGGCCGGAGCGUCCACCGAGUGCCGCCCGCUCGCGUCUCCGUCGGCUUGUCACGGUUCUGCGGGAGCCACCGGUGCGUGCUGACGGGCCCCGCUCCAGCUCCAGCUCUGCGCCUCCGGCCGCGGCUGUCCGGCCCGGGGAGCCGAGCGGGGCGGGCAUGGCCAGCAUCACCCAGCUGUUCGACGACCUGUGCGAGGCCCUCCUGCCCGCGGCCCCGGCUCCCCUGCGCCCGCGCGGCCUGAGCCGCCGGAGGGCCAAGCAGAGCCUCAAGCGGGCGGCCUACAACGCGCUCUUCGCGCACCUCUUCCAGGAGGAGCCCCCGAGGCCGCCGCCGGGCCGCCCGCGCCUCCCGGUGAAGAACAGGGUCCUCAUGCUGUCCUUCGACCUGCGGGUGGGCGGCCUGGGGCCCGAGGCCGACCGCCUGGAGGCGCUGGUGGAGAAGCUGGAAGCCGCCCCGCGCUGUCCGCUGGGGGAGGUGGGGUCGGCCCUGGACCUGCUGGUCCAGCUGGCGGGCACCGGGCCCCCGCAGGCCCUGCCCCGCCGGCGGGACCUCUUCCUGAACAACAAGCACGUGGGGAGGAACGUCCCCUACGGCGGCUACGACUGCUACGCCCUGAGCGCGUUCGAGAUGGACGUGCAGGCUCUGAUCCGCCGGGAGGAGUACCUGUGUCAGGACACGGUCCAGAAGGCGCUUCAGGUGAUGGAGGCCGCGCCGGGCACCGGCCUGCCCACGGCCCGGCUCUGCUCCUACGGCGACCCCGGCGGGGACAGGUUCGAGAGAGACACCCGCGUCUCGCUGUUCGGAGCCCUGGUGCACAGUCGCACCUACGACAUGGACGUCCGGCUGGACUUGCCCCCCGUGCCGGACAGCGCAGACCUCUCUGGACUGGCCAUCAAGGUGCCUCAGAGUGUGGAUCCGUCCGAAGACGAAGGGUUCCAGUCAGCAUCCAACUUGACUCCCGACUCCCAGUCUGAGCAUGGCACGACCCCGGAGAUCGACCCCUGGGACGCGGUGCUCACCUACGAGGCCAGCAAGCGGAGGUGCUGGGAGCAAGUCGGCUGCCCCCCCGGCCACAGAGAAGAGCCCUACCUCACGGAGGCGGGAAGGGACGCCUUCGACAGCUUCUGCAGGCUGUGCCGAGGGGAGCUGCAGGUGCUGGGCGGCGGCCUCCCGCAGGCCGCGCAGCCCGCGCUGGUGCAGGAGUGCGAGCUGGUGAAGGAUGUGCUGAACGUCUUGAUUGGGGUCAUGUCUGCCACGUUUCCCCUCUGCCAGCCGACUCAGGCCUUCAUGGUGAAGCGGGGCAUCCACGUGUCAGGAACGUCCCCCGAGAGCAUCAGCAGCCUCCUCUCGGAGGUGGCCGAGUGCGGGACCCACUACGCACGCCUGAGCCACUUCUCUCUGCAGCCCGUGCUGGACGCCUCCUGCAGCAAGGGCCUCGUGUUCCAGGCCUUCACCAGCGGCCUGAGGAGGUACCUGCAGUAUUACCGGGCGUGUGUCCUCUCCACCCCGCCCACUCUGAGCCUCCUCACCAUUGGCUUUCUCUUCAAGAAGCUGGGCCGGCAGCUCAGGUACCUGGCUGAGCUCUGUGGUGUGGGCACCUGCGGAGGAGAGACCCGAGCUCCUUUCCCCACUGGCGUGAAGCUGCUCUCCUACCUCUACCAGGAGGCCCUGGACAACUGCAGCAACGAGCACUACCCGGUGCUGCUGUCCCUGCUCAAGACCAGCUGUGAGCCCUACACUCGGUUCAUCUACGAUUGGGUGUACAGUGGGGUCUUCAGAGACGUUUACGGCGAGUUCAUGAUCCAGGUGAACCAGGACUACCUGGGCUUCAGAGAUAAGUCCUACUGGACCCACGGCUACGUGCUCAUCUCCAAGGAGGCGGGGGACUGUGUGCCCGCCUUCCUGAAGCACAUCGCUCACGACGUGUACGUCUGCGGGAAGACCAUCAACCUGCUGAAGCUCUGCUGCCCUCGGCAUUAUCUCUGCUGGUCUGAUGUCCCCGUGCCCCGGAUCUCGGUGAUUUUCUCCCUUGAGGAGCUGAAGGAGAUUGAGAAGGACUGUGCCAUCUACGUGGGGCGGAUGGAGAGGGUGGCACGCCACAGCUCCAUCAGCAAGGAGGAGAAGGAAUUACGAACGGAGAUCGCUAAGCAAGAGUUAAUCGUCCAGGCCCGAGAAGCGGCGUCCAGGGUCCUGAGUGCACUGAGCGAUCGGCAGAUGUCUGAGCGGAUGGCCUUGGACGCUCGGAAGCGAGAGCAGUUUCAGAGGCUGAAAGAGCAGUUCCUGAAGGACCAGGAGCGACGCCGGGCGGCCCGGCAGGAGGAGCUGGACGAUGACUUCAGCUACGCCCGGGAACUCCGCGACAGGGCACGGAGGCUGCAGGCCCUGGAGGAGCAGCUGGAGAGGAAGGCGAGGCAGGCGCUGGUUGACCAUUAUAGCAAGUUGUCUGCAGAGGCAGCUCGUCGAGAGCAGAAGGCGCUGUGGAAAGUCCAGAGGCACAGGCUGGCGAGCGCGCGGGCUCGCUUUCUCUUAGAAGAUCAGGAGCACAUUCAGGCCAUGCUGAGAGACGCCUCCGAGGGGAGGCCCCCAGAGCCGCCGGCGGUGCUCCCGAGUGCGUGCUCCCAGGCCUCGUCUCUGGGCCCUGGGCACCCCGAUGGAGGUGGCAGCUGUGAUCCUGGGCGUGCAGAGCAGCAUGUGGCCGCCUGGGAUGGCCCAAGCCGGCCAAGGGAGCUGACGCCACAGCCCGUCGAGCCUCCAGCACUGAGGGCCUGCAGCGGCUCAGAGCUGGGAGCAGGCCUGCAGCCAGGACAGGCCGAGGGGCCAGGGCUGUUCUCUGCAGGCCUCAGUAUCCAAGAUUUCCUGCCCACAGGCCAGGGUGCUGAGCAGCCUGGGGACGCUGGGGUGGCCCCUGUCUUGGAGGAGGCCCUGCAGACCAUCGGCUCAGAUCUGCGCGCCUCUGCUUCGUCAGCCACAGUGGGCACGGGCUGCUCGGGGCCACAGGAGUACGAUUUCAGAACUGUCCUGAGGCCAGCUCUGGUCACUUCGGCCCCAGGGUCCCUCCAGACGAUGGGAGGCAGCUUAGGCUGCGAGGGGCUGCAGCUGUGGGGGGACACUCACGAGUUUAGGCUUGACACCUGUGUCCCGGAUGGGCAGGUGGCUCUGCCAGACCCAUGCCCACCCAGGAAUAACCUCCCCGAGGAGGGGAGUAGCCAGGCCAUGGGGCAGCCUCUUGGGCAUGUGUCUGAGGGUGGUAUUCUCACAGGGGGCUAUGCUUCUGGAAUGGCCCCCUCCCGGCCACGGUGGAAUGUCCACGGACAUGUGUCUGAUGCCAGCAUCAAGGUGGGGGAGAACGUGUGGGACAUAGCAUCCUCACGGCCACGGUGGAACGUCCACGGACACGUGUCUGAUGCCAGCAUCAAGGUGGGGGAGAACGUGUGGGACAUAGCAUCCUCACGGCCACGGUGGAACGUCCACGGACACGUGUCUGAUGCCAGCAUCAAGGUGGGGGAGAACGUGUGGGAUGUGGUGCCCUCUCGGCCACGGUGGAACGUCCACGGACAUGUGUCUCAGUCACAGGUGAUGCUGGGGGCGCCCCCAGGGGAAACCCAGCCUGAUACGCCCAGGCCCCUUCAGAGCCCCUCUGACCACGUGUCCCAGCCUGGCCUCAGCCUGGGAGCACAGAGUCCCACCUGGGAACAUGACUCACAGCUGCUGGCAGAACCGGCCUCAGUCGGCGCCCGCACUCAGGUGGCUGGCUCUGGGGAAGAAGGUGGCCUCCAGGCCUUGCCGGGUGCCGAGGCCGGACCCAGUGACGUGGGAGAUGGCACCCCUGAGCCAGGCCCAGGGAGGAGUGUGGACACCGAGGACGGCUCUUCACGUCCACCUUCCAGCCCACAGGAACGUGCAGCCUCCCUGAGCAGCCCGGGCCUGGAAGAGGAGGCGGAGGACGGGGCAGUGGCCAGGCGCCAGGGCAGGGAGCAGGCCUACCUGGCAGGCCUGGUGGAGCAGUACCGCCUGGAGCAGUACCCGGACAGCUACGAGGCCAUGUCAGAGCCCAACGUCGCGCGCCUGCUGCACCACGGGCUUCCUCGGGCCUUCUCCCUCCCCGAGGACACCCGGGGCCCGCUGGGCGCUGAGGAGACCGCGGUGCAGCUGAGCGAGCUGCUGCCGCUGCCUGUGCUCAUGGAGCACUCGGUCACUGCCCCGCUGGCCGCCCACGUGUCCCUGGUGAACAAGGCGGCCGUGGACUACUUCUUCGUGGAACUGCGGCUCGAGGCGCACUUCGAGGCGCUGCGGCACUUCCUGCUGAUGGAGGACGGCGAGUUUGCGCAGUCCCUGAGCGACCUGCUCUUCGAGAAGGUGAGCCCGUGUGGUGGGGCGGCGGCGGGGGCGGGGCCGGCGGCGGGACGGCCUGGGGACCUGCCUCCUCUCCCGCAGCUGGGCGCCGGACAGACGCCCGGGGAGCUCCUCAACCCGCUGGUGCUCAACGCGGUGCUGCGCAAGGCGCUGCAGUACAGCUUGCACGGGGACUCCCCACUCGCCGCCAACCUCUCCUUCGCCCUCAAGUUCCUGCCGGAGGCCUUCGUCCCCAACGCCCCCGAUGUGCUGAGCUGCCUGGAGCUCAGGUACAAGGUUGACUGGCCCCUCAACAUCGUCAUCACCGAGAGCUGCCUGAGCAGGUACAGCGGCAUCUUCUCCUUCCUGCUGCAGCUGAAGCUCAUGACGUGGACGCUCAAGGACGUGUGUUUCCACCUCAAGCGCACAGCUCUGGUGAGCCCUGCCGCCGGCUCGGUGCAGUUCCGCCAGCUGCAGCUGUUCAAACACGAGAUGCAGCACUUCGUGAAGGUCAUCCAGGGCUACAUCGCCAACCAGAUCCUGCACGUCACCUGGUGCGAGUUCCGGGCCCGGCUGGCCACGGUGGGCGACCUCGAGGAGAUCCAGCGCGCCCACGCCGAGUACCUGCACAAGGCCGUCUUCAGGGGCCUGCUGACGGAGAAGGCGGCUCCCGUCAUGAACAUCAUCCACAGCGUCUUCAGCUUGGUCCUCAAGUUCCGCAGCCAGCUCAUCUCCCAGCCCUGGGGCCCAGCCGGUGGCCCCCACGGCGCCGAGCACCCCAACUUUGCCCUCAUGCAGCAAUCCUACAAUACCUUCAAGUACUACUCCCACUUCCUUUUCAAAGUGGUGACCAAGCUGGUGAACCGAGGCUACCAGCCCCACCUGGAGGACUUCCUGCUGCGCAUCAACUUCAACAGCUACUACCAGGACGCCUGAGCUGCUGCCUGGUGCAGGCGUGUGAAGGUGCCCCCGGCGGGCCCAGGUCGGCUGGGGUAGAACGACCACACAGACGGGCCUUGGGAGCUGCUGGUUUAUUAGGGGCGGCUCCCAGAAGCAGGAGCCGGCAGCGCCGGUCCUCCCAGGCUGCCGUGGGGGUUGUGGCUGCUGUGUCCUCCUGGGUCCGGUCCCUCUGCUGAGCUGUCCUUGCGUGAAGCAGCUUUUUAUGGGGAGCGCGCUGCUGGUGGGACUGGGCGGGGCUGCUGAGUCGGUGUCAGACAGAGACGGGUCAGGUCCUGACUGGACGUCCCUGCCCUCAUGGAGAGACGGGGUGUGGGGCUGCUCGCUGGCUGGGCACCGCCUCAUGGACUCAGUGUCACUUGGGGCCUUGGGGGCCUCCUGGCCUCCAAGGCGGUUACGAGGAUCAGGUGACACACAGCUCCGCUGCCCAGAGCGGGGGCUUGCUGCUGUAGGAGAGGCGCCUCUCUGCCGUGCUGCCGGCCCCCUCAGGCUCAGCGGCCUCCAGGACCUCAGCGGCCUCCCCCUCCCUGUGGUACGGGGCCUCCAGCAGCUUCAGCACCCGCCGCACCUGGAGAGGAGCAAGGGGAGGUUAUUGGGGACCCCUCCCUCCCUGGCCCAGCCCCUGCUGCGGGACCCAGGGAAGAGGAGGGACUGGCGGGUCCUUGCCUCUGAGAAGUCUCCAUUCUCGGCAGCCUCGAUGGCAUUCUGCGCGAUGUAGUUCCGCAGGACGUACUUGGGGUUGUUGGCGUGCAUGACACGCAUGCGCUCAGCCUGCCAGGCGUCCUCGUCAGCGGCGCCCUCCCUGUCCCGCUCCAGCCUGGUCCUAGAACCACAAGCCCCUUGGCAGCAGCUGCAGCUCCCCGCCCCCCCCACCGGGUUCCCAGAGAUGGUCCUCGGCUCAGCACUCUGCCGACCUGCACGGGGGGCUGGACUCACCCAAACUCCUGCAGCCAGUCCGCCCAGCGGCCCCUGUUCCUGCUCAGCAGCUCGGCCGGGCUCAGCUGCUCCAGCCGCGCCUGCUGCUCCACGCGCUCCAGCUCCUUUGUGACGUUGGCCCGGGUGCCGAUGAGCGCGAAGAGCUGCGGGUUUGACUGCGCCAGCAUCAGCAUCAUGGAGAGCUGCCUGGGGUGGGGAGCGGCUCUGGGUGUGUCCAGGAGGCUGCAGCGCCCCACCCUGGCUGUGGACCAUAGCCUGGGGCUGCUGCACACCUUGACGACUGUCCCAGAGGAGGGAUGGCCUCACCUGCCCUGCUGCACUCCCUACAGCCUGGCUGAGGGGAGCCCAGGCCCCACGGGUGAGGUAGAUACGGGCACCUGCCAGCUGGCCACCCUUGUUCAGCAGCCCCUCCCUGUGACGGGCACAGCUGCACCAAGAUGCCACAGACCGACUCAGGCGGACCCUGGGGUGGGCAGGGCACCGACUUCUGGGAGAAGUUCACUGCAGUCAGAGACGGGUCCUGCCAGCCAGUCCACCCUGGGUCCCGAGGCAUUAAAUUCCUCUCUGAUCAGCCUGCAGGCUUGUUUAUUAAAAUGCACAACCAC